AUGGCAUGUCACAAGUACCCCAUGCUUGUGACUUUGCUGACCGUGCUGGCGGCUGGUGCUAUCAUCUCAAUUGCUUGCGCACAUUUUUACUUAGCUGGAAGACUUUCUCUGAACUCUGAAGCGACAACGCGUUACUCGGAGGCCAAAGAUGCAGCGUUCGAGUGGUGCGGUACCCUCUCAGAGGAGAAUCCUGUGUUUCAGGGGGAGACGCCAGCAUUUCGUGUGAAGUUUAUGAGAGGUUCUGGGGCCUGUUCUGCACUUGUUGGUUUGCUGGAUGUUGCGAUGUAUGCCAUGGCGCAGAACCGAACCAUGUUCAUUGACGAGUCCCACUCCCCCCUUCGGGGCGAACACGAGAGCUGGUACAACCGCUACUUCCUGCCUGUUGGUCAACAGAGCAACUUCUCGGGGCCUUUUAUCGACAUGGCCUACGAAAGAAAUGUUACCAAGUUCGUCAGGGGGACGGAGAGGGUCACAAUCCAAAACGAAACGCACUGGAGAGUUGAUAUGAAGAGGCUCGUGUUGCGCAAAAUCUGGCACUUCCAGCCCUGGAUUCAACACGAAGUUUGCCAGCAUGUCAGUGCUUUGGGGUUGGUUCGGCCAUUCAUUGGCAUGUUGAUUCGCCGUGGCGACAAGCUUGACUAUAGAGCGGCAAUCCCUAUGGACACUUUUGUCAGCAUCCUGAAAUCAACGUCACUCCACUCCCGGGUAAAACAAGUCUUCAUAGCCACCGAUGACUGCAGCGUGCUCGAGUCGCUUCAAGGGUUGGCUCCCGAAUUUGUUUUCAAGAGUCUUUGCAGCAUUCAGUUUGGAAAAGGCUUUGUCAUUGGCAACCUCAAGGUGCUGGCUUCAAAAGACAUCGACCUACAUUACCUGAAGUUCUUUGGCGAGCUCAUCGUCUUGGCAGCCGCUGAUGUUUUCAUCGGUGAUCAUCAGACAAACGUGCACCAUUGGGUUACCUACAUGCGGCCCGUUGGUACAGGGAAUGCCACCACCCUGGACAUACGAUGGUAUCCCUAUGCUAACGACAUUGUCUAG